CUUGGAGCUCAGGCUACACGCAUGCGUGGCAUUCGUUCGCCCUGCGGGUCGAGAGGGUGGUAGGUUUGUACUAGGAGAUGUGGGGCAGCGGAGGGGUGCUAGGCGCGGCGCCUUCUGGGAGUCGUAGUUUUAUCCCACCAUUCUCCCAUCUCUCUUGCAAGGGGGGGAGAGGGGGAGAAGAGGGGGUUCUGGACCACUACAUCCUGCUCUACCCUCCUCGCCACACCUCCAUCCUCUGCUCUCUUCCAUCAUCGCGGCUUCUCAUCCAGCUCGGGCUGAAGACGCCCUUCCUUCUGCCCAAUCUCAGUCUCUGUGUGUGUGAAGGGAAGAGGUGAACGGGUGGGGGGUGGGGGGAGACUCUAGGACUCUAUAUCUGCUGCUGCUGCUGCUGUUACUGUCGCCGGGAGAGACCCAACCCAGCAGCCCCACUUCUCCAGGCAUCAAGCUGUCCUGCCUGAAUCUUGCCUGACAAGGUAGAGCCAGUACUGAAGGAGAGUGGUUGAUGCUGGGUUUUCCAUAAACGCCUUGGAGAAGCUGACUCCCAGGGAAGGAUGACAAUAUCCCAAGCUCAGAUUGGAGUCGCAGGCAUUUCAGAAGGGGGAAUAGAUGGACUUUAAAAAACUUGCUGAUGAAGUCUCCCAAGAGGUUUUAGCGUUCAGCCGAGAUACAUCGGGCUGGAAAGUGACUAAAACUUCAAAAAAGAUAACCGUUUCCUGGAAGCCUUCUAGAAAUUACGAUGGACAUUUAUACCGGGCAGAAGGAAUAAUACCAGAGACUCCAGCUAAACUCAUUCAGUUUAUGUACCUUCCUGAACACAGAAGCAAGUGGGAUAGAUCAUUACAUACAUACAGAAUAUUACACAGGAUUGAUUCGGACACGUUUAUAUUACAUACCAUUACAAAUAGUUUUGCCAUGGGCUCAAUUUCCCCCAGAGACUUUGUUGACUUAGUACACAUCAAACACUAUGAAGGGGAUAAAGUGAUUGUCAGUUCUGUUAGUGUGGAAUAUCCACAGUGUCCUCCAACUUCAAGUUAUAUCCGUGGUUAUAACAAUCCUUGUGGCUACGUAUGUUCACCACUGCCAGAGAACCCUGGCCACUCCAAACUGGUGAUGUAUGUACAACCAGAACUGAAGGGAAAUUUAUCCAGGGCUGUGGUUGAGGCAACAAUGCCUACCAAUUUACUGAAUUUGAUCCAUGAUGCAAAAGAUGGAAUAAAGGCACAAAAGGCUCAUUCAGCUUAUUCACCCCCAAAAGGCCAUUCGUCAUCACUGCUUCAUAAGAAAUGAGGUGGUUCUACAGCUCCUGAAUCAUGCACUUUCUUCAGUCUUCUUCUAACAGUCUAUGUGGAAUGUAUACAAGCCAUUAAACUAUGCUAGUCAGUAUUCUCAUGCACAUCAGCAGGGGUUCUCAAGGAAACUAAGGACUCAGUUAUAUAAGGAACAACAUUAAAUAUAGCUUUUAUCCCAUAAACAAUGAUGUUAAUUAUCGUCUUAUUAAGAGCACCACUUGUACCUUUCUUCUGAGAAAUGCUACUGAAUAAGAUUAGAAUCAAGCAAACAAGUGCAGUAUAGUGAGCAUUCAGCAUAAACUAAA